GGUUACAGUUAAAAUAGAGAACGCGCAACACGUCGGUGAUUUUGCUGAAGUUCUCGCGAGAGCUCCUCACUCCACAGAUUUGACUGUUCCUCUGAAGAAAACGUUUGUGACAUGACCGACUCAUCUUCGUCCGCCGAGCGUCCUCAGGUGGACAAGGACCACAUGUUGGAGCUGAACAAAGAUUUAGAGAAGAUGACAGAAUGCGCUGAGAACAUGUCAGUGCAGUUGACCUGGAUGGCCUAUGACCUGGUGGCCCUGCGGACCAGCCCUAAGCUGGGGGCCCUCCUGCAGAGGCUGGAGGAGGCGUACGACCGCUGCAGAGCCGCUGUGUGUGGAGACCAGAGCCAGGAGCCAGAGCUGGAGGACUGUGCUGAUCCUGCUGCCACUUCCCUCUCUCAGAUCUGAUGUUGUUGUCCAGCUCCAUGCUGUGCUGAAGACAAAGGGAGGAAAGCUGUCCAAGCAGAAUAAGCUCAAACUGGAAUUGUUGUUUUGUUCAAGUAAAUAUUGUCAUUGCUGUGGGGAUCUAAGGGGGAAGCAGGUAGUUGGACGUACCUGCCUUUGAUUACAUUGAAAUGAAUAUAUGUUAAAAACAUGUUUUAUUCAGUAAUGUAGACUGUAGUAUUUUGAUUUCUUAACAGUUGAUGUUAACAUGGCUUGUUUGUUUUGUAAGUAAGUCAUUUGAUCUAUGUACCUUGUUAAAGUGAAUAAAAAAUAUUAAAUUAA